UGCACGCCCCGCACUGGGGAUGGAGCCCGGGUUGCGGGAAUCUCAUGCCCUGACCGGGAAUCUCACCGUGACCUCCUGGUUCAUGGGUCGAUGCUCAGCCACGGAGCCACGCCGGCCGGGAAAUAACCCGACUCUGACACUUUGGGGUUCAUCCCACCUCGGUGUCUGUCCCGUGGCCUUUGCCCCCAGGGCUGAUGGGCCCCCACUCACCAGCUUGGUGACCUUCGACCUUGCGCCAGCCCAGGCCCUCCCUCUCUACCCGCCCCCCACCCACGGCCGGUGCCACCCUUCCCGAGCUGGCUGCCUGGUCAGGGCAGCCCGGAGCUUGGUGUCCGUCGGGUGAAGGGGCCUUUGAACUGUGGCUCGCCAGGGCCACCUCGAGUGUACGGGUAAACGUGUUUUCUGGAGCCCUGUCUGCAGUGUGGCUGUGUGUCUGGGGGUAAGAAGUGGGGCUCCUCGCCUGCCACCAUCCCAUAGCCCAAGUCCCCGGCCCUCCCCAAACCCACAGCCGGCUGGGCCUCUGGCCAUUUCCUCUGCCCAGAGUCUGGCCGGGGCUGCACUGGGCUCCGCCCGGCGUCCAGUGGGCAGAGGGCGGAGCGUCUGGCCGGGAAGGAAAUUCCUCUGCCCCCACCACGCCCCUGGGCCAGGGGCCAGUUCCAGGGUCCUCGCCAGUUUAAUUCCCUAGUCACUGGGAUUGGUUACGCUGCAAGAGAGGAGUCUGGGGGUGGGGGGGCCAGCAGGGGGCCUGAGGCUUGUCUUCUCUGAGCUUCACUGCCCUCACCUGGGCGGUGGGAACAGCCUGCCGCCAGCCACCAGCUAGCAGGGCGGCAGCCCUGAGAGAGGGGCUCCAGGGGUGCAGAGCAGGUGCAGCCGUCAGCCGAGCAGGGUGGGGUCCCCGGUCUCAGAGCUGAGCCUGAGCCCCAGAGUCUGGGCCCCGAACCGAACUGAGGGGCGGGAAAGAGCCACAGGGCUUCACACCCCUCCUGCUCUCCCUCCCUCCCAUCCUCCUCCAUCCGGAGCCCAGGAGCCCGGCUCAUGGAGGACCAGCUGGGUUAGAGCCCGGGGCCCCUUCAGGGGAAAGUGACCCAGCAGUUGCCCGGAGGGCCCUACGCUUGCUGAGCUGCUGAUGCGUCUUGAACUUCUGAGUCGUGUGUGUCUUUAACAAGGAGGGGCAUGUUUUCAUUCUGUGCGGAGGGGGGGGACCCCACAAUCCUGCAGCUGGCCGUGCGAGGGAGUGUGGGCGACCUUCUCCAGAGAAGCCGGAGACCUGGCCCCCGGCCCCCAGCGUGCCUCUGGCACCUGCCUCCCCAGCCCAGUGCCAGGCAGGCCCCGGAGGCCCUGCAGCGUGGGCGGCGGGCGGCGGGCGGAGGGCCCUGGGCUGGGCAGAGGGAGCUCUGCGGGCGGAGGGGAAGGCUGGCAGCUGGACCACAGCUGCCGGCCUGGCGGCGGUGGGGUCUGAGCAGGUGUCGGCAAAGUGGGGGUGGCCUGGCAGGCGGGGCUGGUGGAGGGACCGGGCGCAGAGGGAGGCCUCUGGAGUCAGAUCUACCUCGUUCUGGCUCCGCCUCCGCGUGGGAUCCUGGGAUUAGUGCCUCUCUGGGCCUGUUUCCUCGUCUGCACGAAAGCGUCCUUCCCUCACAGGAUGGAUUUGGAGAGGAGGCUGUUGCCGGGCUGACGCUUGAUAUGUGGGUCGGUCACCCUUGCUCUCCCAUCGUCCUUGGCGGUGACAGAGGGGUGUGGAGCCCCCCCACUCCCAUCAGUCCCCCUGCUCACAGCCUCGGCCUUGGGCUCCAGGGCCCAGGCCCGCUGGUCCCGAUGGGCUCAGACUGUCCCUUCUCCCGGGCGGUUGCCUCCUCCCUCGCCCUUCCCUGGAGCACCCUGGCUGUCCCCUCGGGGGCAGGGACAGGUGCUGGGCUGGUCCAAGGAGCAUGUAUUUCUGGCCUUUGUGACCUGCCAGGAGCCACCCCAGCUACUUCCUCCCGGGGGCUCCUGAUGGCCGCCAGCCUGCAGGGGCCUCACCGGGGACACCCCCCCUCUCUCUGCCACAGCUCCUGCAGCUUCCGGGGGUGUGAGCCCACGUCCCUGCCCCCUGGGCCGCGUGCACGCUGGCUCCUGCCCCUCAGCAGACGCCGGAGAGAGAUGAGUAGCAACAAAUGUCUCUCCAGCGCCCUCUACUGACAGAGCUUAAUGAGCAGUUAGCUGGCA